AUGUCGUCUGCUGCGCGAUACUACGCGAAGCCAAGUGAAGCUGUUUCAUUCGCCAAGGCACUUUUGCUGAAGUCCGGUCUCCCUGAGGAUGAUGCCACGUUGAUGGCUGAGUGUCUGGUUCAGGCGGACACUCGUGGUGUUGAUACGCAUGGCCUGGCGAGACUGCAACAAUACAUCGAGCGAGUUCAGAGUGGCCUGGUCAAUGCCAAAGCCAAUAUCCAGAUCACCGAGAAAACCCCUGUUGCAGCCCACGCCGAUGGUGACAACGGCUUCGGCUUCAUUGUCGCAUCCAAGGCAAUGAAGGAUGCGAUUCGCCGUGCUGAGACGUACGGUAUCGGCAUUGUCACUGCUGAGCACUCCAAUCACUUCGGCAUGGGAGCCACCUACGUCCUGCAAGCUCUCGAAGCCGGCAUGAUCUCAUUCGUCUUCACAAACUCUGCCAAGCAAAUGCCGCCUUUCGGAGGAAAAGAGACUCUCCUCGGUAUCUCUCCGUUUGCUGCUGGCGCCCCUAGCAAGAACGAGGUUCCUUACAUCCUCGACAUGGCACCCUCCGUCGUUGCCAAGGGCAAGAUCCGCAAGGCCGCGCGAAGAGGCGAGAAGAUUCCCCUCGGGUGGGCGUAUGAUAAGGAUGGCAAGCCGACUGAGGAUGCCGAUGAAGCUUUGAACGGAUCCAUGGCUCCCAUUGGUGGUCCCAAGGGCUCCGGCAUUGCUAUUCUCAUGGACAUCAUGUCUGGGGUUCUUUCCGGCGCGGCCUUUGGUGGUGACGUGGGUGACCAAUACAAGGAAUCUAGGCCUCAGAAUGUUGGACACUGCUUUAUUGCUAUCAAGCCUGACAUUUUCAUGUCGUCGGAGCAGUUCCGCUCCAGGAUGGAUACGCUUGUUCAGCGCGUACAUGGGGUAACUCCAGCCGAUGGGUUUAAGGAAGUCCUUUUCCCUGGAGAGCCCGAGUACCGCCUCGCCAAAGAACGCGAGGCUCAGGGUCUCCCGUUUGCCGAUGCUGAAAAGAAGAUGUUUGAGGAUUUGGCAUCCAAGUACGACGUACCAGGCUUGCAACUUUCUACGACACCUUUGGCUUAG